CGGAGUCCUCGGUGCCAGAGGGCGCCCUUGCUGGGCCAGUGAGGGAGUAGCUGGGGAGUGAUGCAUGGAAGAGGGUAAGGGGCUCACCAUUGUCCCAUGUCCUCUAUACAUCAGACCCUCAGAGGGGCUUCACUUCGGUUGUAGUGCCACAGUUACGGGAGGACACUUGCAGACCCAGUGAACCUCCACAAGGGCUAUGAGGUUUGCAAAACGCUUUACAUAUGUCACCUCACUCCCGGCCAGUCUGGGAGGCAAAUGCUUCUAUUAUCCCCAAUGUACAGAUUAGACAGUAUCUGAGCAGGUUUCUAGCUGGACUCUUCCUGAUUCUGAGGAACGGCACUUUUCAGUGUGUUGCCCCCUCGCUGCUUCUGGAUAAACUAGAGUGCUUGGGGAGGGGGGGGCAAGGGCUCGCAGAAGAGAACCCAGGAGGAACGUGAUAGCUAUAUUCCGAUGGGAUCUCAGAGGGUGCACGGCUUUGGAGGUGUUGGAGCCACUUAGAGACUGUUGGAAUGGGAGCUCCUCUUCAGGUAUGGGGCAGGCUAGAUCAAGAGUCCUUGAGCUCCAGUCCAGGAGCUUGUUAGUUUUUUCCAAAAUUUGCCAGUUUCCUUUGCAAUUUUGUGGGCUUUAUGUAUUACAAGCAUGAUUCUGAGCAGGGAUCCAUAGACCUGACCUGGCUGCCUCUAAGGGUGAUGCUUCCUAACCAGGGAGCUGGUUUUUAUUGAAAGUCUUCCCAGAGUUAUUGAAACUCAAAAUCAAUAAAUUAAUAAAAUAAAAACUUAAAUAUAAAUCUAUAUUAUAUAUCCUGAACUGACAUGACACUCCAUUUUUAGUUGCCUUCCUUCCCUUCUCACCUCUGACUUUUAGAGAGUCCUUAUGUUCUUUAAGGCUCAGGUCAAGGGCCACCUCCUCCCUGAGAUGAUCUCUGGAUAAACUAGAGUGCUUGGUGGGGGGGCACUCUGGAUAGGUCCUCCAAAAUUACGUCAUAGGCUGAAGGGCACACAGUGAUUGGACAUUAGACUUGGAGCUGGGAAAAUGUGGGCUCAAAUUCUGCUUCUCAUCCAGUUAUCAGCUGUCUGACUUGUGGAUAUCACUUUGUUUCUGUCUGUUCUGCGUCCUUAUCUGUAAAAAUUGGGAUAAUAAUCACAUCUGCCUGCGGGGUUGCUGGGAUGCUUAAACGUAAAGAGCACGGGAAACCUUAAGUAAAUGGUAUCUCUGAUUAUUAUCACUGCCUUGUUGGUGAGCUCCAUUUCUCUCAGCCUUGGCUUUCUCACCCAGAGUCCCAAAGGUCCCUCCCACCUCUGAAAUUCUGGCAUUUACUCCAUUUCUAGAGUUUUUGUGAUUUUUCUUCUACGCUGUGGGUUCUUUUGGCCUGCCAGCCAGACUGGGAUCUCCCUGAGGACACUUGGUCAUCAAGCAUUUAUUAACGGCUUAACCAAGUGCCAGAUGCUCUGUUGAGCACUGAGGCUACAAAGAAGGGCAAAAGAGCAGCCUUCAAGAAGCUCCAAGUCUAAUGUGAGAAAUAGUGUGCAAACCAUUCUACUCAAUCCAAAACUCAUGGGAUAAAUUGAUAAUCACCAAGGGAUAGGGACCACUCCUUUCUUUUCCACACCCCAACCUCAGCUUUGACUAGGGUAUCACGUUAGGUGCCUGUCCAGGGUGGGAGCAGGGAGAGUGGUAUAUUUUAAGUGCCAGGGUGUUCUCCCUCCAGGUCUAUUUCCCAGGGCAGUCUAUGGGUAUCUAUUUUGUGAUAAACCAGAGUGGCAAUACUAGAAGCCUCAAUGGAUAGUCAUACACAAGGGUACAGUGUUUUCAACCUCCCCCCAAGUCAGGAUCUCAUGAUUGAUGAGUGGCUGAGUGAGUUGUGAGCUUAUCUAGCCCAUUCUAUCUCAGAGUAUGCUUCCCAUACUAUCCACUGUCCAUCCAGAACCCAUGCUCCUCUUCUCCUUUUCCAUCUCUAAUCUCCAUAAUGCAGGGGGCCUGCUCAGUGGGCGUCUGACCCUGAGUUCAUAGCCUUUGUUAAGGUUUAGUCUCUUCCUCCACAAAGCUGCCCUUCUUUAAAUGCAGAAACCUAUGGGGGCUUUAGAGGACAAAUCCCUCCCCUACCUCUUCAUGCAUCGAUGCUAAGCUUCCUAUAAUCAGAGCUGGAUUAGCAGGCUGUUCAGCUAGCAGACAGAAAGCAGACAGGGCCCCCUUUGCUGUUCUCCAACCCCAUCAGCUGACAGGGUCCCAUCAAGCAUGGACCAAACCAUGCUACUAAAUGUGGAGGGCAUUAAGAAGACCAUUCUUCAUGGAGGGACUGGAGACCUCCCUCACUUCAUCAAUGGAUCCAGAGUGACAUUUCAUUUCCGAACUAUGAAAUGCGAUGAGGAGCGGACAGUCAUAGAUGACAGCAAGCAGGUCGGCCAGCCCAUGAAUAUCAUCAUCGGAAACAUGUUCAAACUGGAAGUCUGGGAGAUCCUGCUGACCUCAAUGAGGAUAGGAGAGGUGGCUGAAUUCUGGUGCGACACAAUUCACACGGGGGUCUACCCCAUCCUCUCGAGGAGCCUGAGGCAGAUAGCAGAGGGCAAGGACCCCACAGAAUGGCACGUCCACACAUGUGGGCUGGCCAACAUGUUUGCCUACCACACUCUGGGCUAUGAGGACUUGGAUGAGCUGCAGAAGGAGCCCCAGCCCCUGAUCUUCAUCAUAGAACUCCUCAAGGUGGAAGCCCCCAGUGAGUACAAGAGAGAGACGUGGAGCCUGAACAACAACGAGAAGAUGCGGGUCGUCCCCAUCCUCCACGGGGCCGGCAACCGCCUGUUCAAGCUGGGCCGUUUCGAGGAAGCUGCAGCCAAGUACCAGGAGGCCAUCAUCUGCUUGAAGAACCUGCAGACCAAGGAGAAGGCUUGGGAGGUUCAGUGGCUAAAGCUGGAAAAGAUGAUCAACACUCUUGUUCUCAACUACUGCCAAUGCCUGCUGAAGCAGGAGGAAUACUACGAGGUGCUGCAGCACACCAGUGACAUCAUUCAGCACCACCCAGGAAUCGCAAAGGCCUACUACGUGAGGGCCAGGGCACACGCGGAGGUGUGGAACGAGGCCGAGGCCAAAGCCGACCUGCGCAAGGUGCUGGAGCUGGACCCGGCCAUGCAGAAGGCCGUGACGAAGGAGCUGAGGGUGCUCGAAGUCCGGAUGGAGGAGCAGCGGGAGGAGGAGAGGCGCCGCUGCAGGAACAUGCUGGCCUAAGCCUGGAGAAGGGCCCAGGCAGGGGCCCUGAUAGCUUGCCAGGGCUGUGCUUGCAACACCAAGGCAGGAGGGGGGCUCUCACCUAUCGUUUGGCUGCUGUGGGCAGAGCAGGUGGAGCGGCCCUGCUCAGGCCUCCUCCACGGGAGAAGGCAGCACCCUGUGGCUGUGUGGGCUGGGCAGGGCUCCGUCCUUCUGCCAGCAGGGCUAGCUCUUAGUGCUCCGUUCUGCAUUAGAAAUAAAAAUGCAACUAGUUCUCAGGCCGCUCUGCUCUACGAC